AUGGCGCGCGAGUUUCGUUAUCGCGACGGUGUAGCCAUCGCCCAAAUCACAGUCUUUUUUGUGUUUCUGUGCUUCGGUAUCCUUUUCCGGGUGCAAAAUAAGAUGGGCUGGUUUGGUAUCUCCUUCAUAUCUACAAUACGCAUAGUCGGCUCCGGCUGCAUGCUGGGCACCAUUACCAACGAUUCCAGGGCUCUCUGGGCCACCAUCUUUGUCUGUGAGUCCUUGGGACUCGUCCUCCUCACUUUCGUCUUGCUGGAUCUACUGAAGAGAGUAAACUCGUUCGUUCACGUCCUAACACAAUGGCAUUUCCGCAUACCUGAGCUCAUCUGCUGGGCCGGACUCGCCAUCUCCAUCGCGGACUACGCUCUCGCAAGUCAGAAGACGGAAAAUGCUAUGGCGCCCGGGACGUUGACCAAAGCUGGAGUGGGCCUCUUCGCGGCGCUCUACUUCUGGGGAGUGCUUCUUUUCAUAUACCUGGUGCAGAAGUGGAAACAGGUCCCUCAACCUGAGAGACGUUCUCUGAUUGGCUUCGCCGCUUGCUUUCCGUUCAUGGCUGUCCGAAUCUCAUACACGAUCGCCUAUGUCAGCACAGGCGCGAAGAAAUUCAGUGCUGUCAACGGCGACACGACGACUUACCUUUUCAUGACAAUGUUAAUGGAGUUUGCCAUCCUGGCAUGUGUGGUAUGGACUAUCUGGGGUCUAGAUAGUCAUUACAAGCAGGUUAAAGAUAACCGAAGCCAGGACAAAGGGAGUAGUGAGAUGGAGGAUCUGGUUUCCUCAACUGAACGAAGAGCCCGGAGUCCAGAAACAUGA